GUUGCACAAGUUUCAGCUCUGAAACAUAUUUCAUCGAUUUUGCACAGUCAUUAGGUGGAUGAGCUACCAAAAAGAUCAAAAUACUAACACUGAUCAGUUUCAGAUUUUAUUAAUCCGUAGGUCAAAACAAAAAUAUAAAAGAAAAAACGAACGUUUCAACAUGUUCUCGUUCUUUUAUUUUCUAGUAAACUUCGUGGUUGCAGAUGAAGGUGAGGGGGUUUAUAGGGUGAUAUCCUGGAAGGGCGAUCCUAAUAUAAAAGUUUCACUCGACAAAGGUGUUGCUAGGAUUCAAAACAAGGAAACACCGCAAUCGAAAGAUGACACAGCUGCUGCGUACUUCAUUCCUAAUUCAAUCACCACUUUCCGAAUCAAAUACAAAAACGGUUACUUGUGCAAGAAUGCCAAAAAUCCUGGGUUAAAAAUUUGCGACAACAAGGACGAUCCUUACACAGUUUGGGAUGUGGUACGAGAUGGCGACGCUUACCAAAUUAAAACGAGCAACCUGUGCUUGAAGAAGAUGAGUGAAGACAAGAGAUCUGGAGCGGGUGGUUUCUAUAUGAAUGCUGCAUCGUGCGGUAGUGGAAAGAUUUUUAAAUGGAUCAUUGAUGAUUUGAAGAUUGCUGAUGAAAGCUCGGAUGCAUCUGAUGACACCUUAGAAGUGAAGGGCAAUAGGAUGAAGGUUAAACGUGAUGUGGAAGAAGUGAGUGAGCCAAGCACACUUAUGGUUGGUGAUUUGGAUCAUAUCGAGACAUACAAAGCGUACGAAGAACCAGUGGCCUAUUACCGCAGAGAGGCGGUACCGUACUACAGCAAAGAAGUGACACCACACUACCACAGAGGCUUCGUUUCAGGUGGCUAGAAACAGUAAGCUCUGUCUGCAAUUUAUUAGAAAUAUAAUAAACCAUGAUUUGCGU